CGGUUGUCAGACGUUAUAACAAAGCGUUUCCGUGCUUCUCGCGUGUUUCAAACCCGAAUUGUGUACAAAUACGGUCUCGAGAGUGUCGAUGUGAUUGCGAAUGAGUAUUCUGAUAUGCAGUGAACCGCAGUGUCUCACGUAGAGAUGAUCGCGAGUAUCGUGUGUGCUUGUGUCGUUGUUGCGUAGCUUCGUCAAGUUGCGUGCGUAAACGUGUUCGCUGGAAUAGGAUACUUCAUCAUGCAGUAAAAUAUCGUGAAUGUCAAGUGAAGCGUUACUUGUCGCCGUGCGAUCAUAUUAAGUAUAAGCUUUGCAAUCGGGAGUGGGUUUGUCUCGUUUCUAUCUACGCGUGCGUCUAUUCAAUCUCUCGCCGCUGUCUUGAGUUACGUGACAUAGCGCCCGAACAGGGACAUGAUAGCCGCUCGUUCCUUUUCGCAAUUUAGUAUUUUUGACUCGUGCGCGUUUCGUCUUUUAUUUGCUUUCCUGUUCGUGUGUUAUCCGCGUAAUAUUAAGAGUGCCAAGCAAAGUAUCAGGCGGUCAUGUAUACGGUUAAUGUGUAUGGUUCGACAAUAACGAGUUAUCAACAGACUUUCAGCUAUAAAACGGUCUCCAUGGAGCAACUUUUGAAUUUGGAAAGGAGAUGCAGUAGCAGCAACGGCAACCACAAUCGGAACCGUCCAAUAGAGGCCCUCUUCUCGCUCAAACGCCCCUAAGGCAGCUGUCUACGUGCAAAAACUGAGGGGUCUGGGGCGUACGAAGGCGAGAAGAAAUGAGGUGGACGUGACACAAUGACAUGAUGAAGAGCCUGGUGGGGAUCAUGUGGAUAGUGUUGGUGCUCAUAUCAGGAAUAUAUGCGGUUUGUUCAAAAGGAUGCUCAGGAAAUCCAGACGCGAAGCGAUUAUACGACGACCUAUUGUCGAAUUACAACAAGCUGGUUCGUCCAGUGGUCAACGUCACAGACGCCCUCACCGUUAAAAUAAAACUCAAGCUUUCGCAGCUCAUCGAUGUGAAUUUGAAGAAUCAGAUCAUGACGACGAACCUCUGGGUCGAGCAGUCAUGGUAUGAUUACAAGUUAAAAUGGGAUCCGAAGGAAUACGGUGGAGUGGAGAUGCUGCAUGUGCCGUCGGAUCACAUAUGGAGGCCCGAUAUAGUUUUAUACAACAACGCCGACGGUAACUUCGAGGUGACGCUGGCGACGAAAGCGACCCUCAACUACACGGGCAGGGUCGAGUGGAAACCGCCGGCGAUUUAUAAGUCUUCCUGCGAGAUCGACGUCGAAUAUUUUCCCUUCGACGAGCAGACGUGCGUGAUGAAAUUCGGCUCGUGGACUUACGACGGCUUCCAGGUCGAUCUUAGACACAUCGACGAGAUCCGAGGCAGCAAUGUCGUCGACAUCGGCGUCGAUCUGUCGGAGUUUUAUACUUCCGUCGAGUGGGAUAUACUAGAAGUCCCUGCUGUGAGAAACGAAAAAUUUUACACGUGUUGUGACGAGCCUUACCUCGACAUCACUUUCAACAUCACCAUGAGACGGAAGACUCUGUUCUACACUGUUAACCUCAUAAUACCUUGCAUGGGGAUAUCAUUCCUCACGGUGUUGGUGUUUUACUUGCCAAGCGACAGUGGAGAGAAGGUCAGCUUGUCCAUCUCGAUUCUAUUGUCACUGACUGUGUUCUUCCUCUUGCUGGCCGAGAUCAUCCCGCCUACGUCGCUCGUGGUUCCGCUUCUUGGUAAAUUCGUCCUCUUCACUAUGAUCCUCGACACCUUCAGCAUAUGCGUAACAGUGGUGGUCCUGAAUGUACACUUCCGUUCGCCGCAGACCCAUGUAAUGUCGCCGUGGGUCCGACGCGUGUUCAUCCACGUUCUGCCGAGGCUGCUGGUAAUGCGCAGGUAUAAUACGCCGACGCAGAGAACCGAUUACGAUUCCAGGCCGCAGUACCAAAUAGAUAGGCGUAGCAUGGGCGGGCAUCAUGGGCAUCGCGUAAUGGUCAGAACAUGCAAUGGUCUCGAACUGCGAGACCCAUCACUGUUCGUCGAGUCCUCGGCCUCGGAGCUGGUCGAGUCCUCCGUGCUCUUUCCUAGUGUCGAUUCACGGGACGAGCUGCAUCCUCGGGAGUUGGAAGCAGUAAAUUUAGGAAGCACGUGCCGUAUCCACGGUUCGCCAGCGGCGACGGCCGCACCGCCGCCGCAGCUUCCGACAGAGGAGAGCGUUGACGCUCUCUGUAACACGCUUCAUCAUUGGCAUCACUGCCCAGAACUAUACAAGGCCAUAGAAGGCAUCCGCUUCAUCGCCGAUCAUACGAAGAGAGAAGAGGAUUCUACUAGAGUCAAGGAGGAUUGGAAGUACGUCGCGAUGGUGCUCGACAGAUUAUUCCUUUGGAUCUUCACGUUAGCCGUAAUCGUCGGCACCGCCGGAAUUAUACUGCAGGCGCCGACCUUGUACGACGAUCGCAUCCCUAUCGACGUACGGCUCUCCGAAAUCGCCUCCACCACUGCCAAGCCACACAUCGUCGCGAGCCUCUGAGGGACAAUUACUAAUUGCAUUAAUGCCGCGCGCGUAAAACACGUAUACAAAACAUAUACACAACAAACCUAUUACUACUAUUACUACAUCGACACAGGCGACAAGCGAAACGUAUUAACGUCCGAAAGACUGAAGCCUCGCUAGGUCUUCGACUUCUGCAUGAGUGCAUGUCAUUCGACUUUGCGCACUUGCGCCGCUGCCGAACGGAGAAUUCUUAUUAUUGUUAACCCAUUAACUGUCAGAUUUUUAUUUUCUAUUUUUAACCGAUUAUAUAAGAAAAUUAUUAAUAACUAAUUAAUGGUAUAAGAAAUAAAGAGUCGCUGAUGGUGUCCACAAAUAUGAGGAUGGUGACAGCUAAUGGGUUAAGACGAUGUGUAUUCCUCACUUUUCUGUUUUUGCACAACACACAAUGUUCAUUAAUUCAGAUUUUUUUUUACAGCUAUGUGAGAAAGAACCAAAGUAGUUAAUUUAUUUUAUUAUAAAUUUUCUAUUUUCCGAAUCAAAGAUUAGAUUGAUUUCAGCAAUCUUUUUUCGAAUUUCUUUUUUCUCAAUUAUUUAAAACUGUCUUGUUGUUAUAAUGAAAUAAGCGAAAUACGCUUACAUAUUAAUUAAUUAUGGCCUAUAGAGGAUAGUGGAUUUGUAGUCACGCGUUGAUUUUGUCGUCUUACUAAGAAUUCCCGAGCCACAGCGGGAGAUGAGCUUCCCGCGCACAGGAGGUGAUAAAAAAGGAAGGAGUAACACGACGAAGAAUAUGUCUCAACCAUUUGCACGCUGAUCGCGUUUGAUUCCGUGUAGCACAUGGAGAGUAACGGUGUAAGAUGUUCACAAUGUGUAGGUAAUACAAAAUCUGAUGAACGCAAGAUAGAUCUUCUUAUUUCUCGAAUUAAAUCAGAGGGAAAUUGCCGAUAAAAUGUGCAAUUAUAAAGCGAAAUAAAAAGAUUGGUCAGUUUUUAAAAGACUAAGCGAAUCUAUCAUCAUUGUUUGUAUUGGCUUGUAUAUUUUCGUCUAGGUUUAUGCGAUUAUUUUUUUCAAAUUUAAUUCAUUUUUAAAUGUUUUAGAUGUUUGAGAUAUAAGUUUUAUUAAAUUCGAUGUGUUUAUCUCUCUAAUCUGCUGAUCAAAUUAAUUCUUAAAAGAGGAUCAUUUUUUUAAAUAUAUCUUCUCUCAUUGCACGUGCAAAAUAAGUUCGAGUAAUAAGAAGAGCUUACUUAUUAUCAUCGGAUUCAGAUGCGGCCUGUUUCGCAACUAGGAAAAUAUAAUGAAGUUUAAUAAAAAGAAAUGAAUAUAUAUAGUAGGUAAAAGGGAGGACAAAACACGUAUAUACUGUAGAAUUAAUUCAGAAAGAUCUUAACACAGUGCGAUUUCGUGCCAGUUGCGUUUGUAGAGACACAACAGAUCUAUCAACAUCAUUCUGUCUCCUCUGUCAGUACGUUAGAGUAUACUCUGAAUACACGAAACCCAAGCAAUAAAUUAAUUAUCCCAGUACACGUACAUUGUUAGAUUGCUUUCGUACAGUAAGAGAUACGGGUUCGCGGGUACAAGGAAAGAGGAGAAGAGGGAAGUUAGUGACACGAAAGACGCAAGUGGCACGAAGUCAUACGAAGCCUGUUGCAGACUCAGGAACAAAAGAUAAGAGGAAUAUUAUAUUUCCCAACACUACAUCGAGCCUGUAACAAUGGGGCCAUAUUUUCACAAAAAAAAAACGAAAGUGCGUGUUCUCUCGUAUUUAAAGAAAAUAUAAAAGUAAAUGAAAAAUGAAAUUCUAAAUAUCUGCAUCGAUUACACGGCGCAGAAAACGGGUUGGGCCUAAGAGAUAUAAGAAAGAGGAAGUUUAGAGGACUCAACUUUUAUUGCUCAUAAUGUAUAUGUUUGUAAUAAGAGUAACUUUCGUAAUUGCAUUUGUUCCAGCACCAUCCCGCACCGGCCGACACGGCGGGCAUUUAUUAAACGGAUUUGAUGGAAUAUAUAAUAUACGAUAACGAGAAUUGUUUGAUAUAGUAUUUCCCACCAUAAUUUUUGUCGUCUUCCUACCCCCCCGAUACCCCAUUAAAUUCCAAUUCGUUUCGACACACGGCGGACCCGCCGCCAUUCUUGCCAAAAAGAGAAAAAAGGAAACAAUAAGUACUACGAAUACGAUAAUUUAUUAUUAGUGUGACACAUGUAAUCAUGAAUUAUGAGGUAGUAGAUCGCCGUGUUUGAUACUUUGUACGUUUCGAUAUAAUUUAGUAUGGAAAAAGACUUUUUAGAGCGUACCGGCGCGCAAUUAAAGAAUUUUAAUUAUAGAUAAAUAAUUUAUCUGGUGGAUGUAAAUUGUAAGUUUUAUUAAUCCUACAAUGUAUCAUUUUGGAAUCGAAAUAUAAUAAUUUUGUCGAUAAAUAA